CACCAAACAGUCUUCCACAUUGCAAGUUCUUCUGUCAACAUCGAGCUUCAGUGCAGUUCAAUUGUCUCAGAGAAGCCACUUCUGGUGGAGUAUGGCAGCUAUAACAUCAGCCAGCCAUGUCCACCUGGGCAUUUCAAAUGUUCUACUGGGUUAUGCAUUCAGCAAACACAACGCUGUGAUGGGAUUAACAACUGCUUCGAUGAAAGCGAUGAACUAUUUUGUGUUGUCCCUGAGUGGAACUGUAAUUCCAACUUCACAAUACAGGAUAACCUGCUUGCCUGCAAUGGAGUAAGUGAUUGUGAGAAUGGAAAAGAUGAACAGAACUGUACCCACAGUAUUCCUUGCACCAACCAUACAUUUAAGUGCAGGAAUAAUAUUUGCAUUAGGAAACAAAAUGCAAAGUGUGAUGGGACUGAAGAUUGUAUUGAUGGAAGCGAUGAAAGCAGCUGCAAUUGUGGCAGCAGCAGGAGCAGCAAUCUCAUUUCUCGGAUUGUAGGUGGUAAAAACACUGAGGAAGGUGAAUGGCCUUGGCAGGUCAGCCUCCAUUUUGUUGGAGCUGCUUACUGUGGUGCAUCAGUGAUAUCAAAAGAAUGGCUUGUGUCUGCAGCACACUGUUUUCAAGGAAGCAAGCUGGCUGACCCCAGAGAAUGGCAUGCUCACCUGGGGAUGCAAACACAGGGCCAUGCAAAGUUUGUAUCUGCUGUGAGACGGAUCAUAAUCCAUGAAUACUAUAACAGCAGGAACUACGACUAUGACAUUGCACUAAUACAGCUCAGCAAGCCAUGGCCAGACACGAUGAGCCAUGUCAUUCAACCUAUCUGUCUGCCUCCCUUUUCACACAAAGCCCACAGUGGUGACAAAUGCUGGAUAACAGGCUGGGGCCAAAAGCAAGAAGAUGAUGAUGAAGGUUCAGCAGUUCUUCAGAAAGCAGAGGUAGAAAUUAUUGACCAAGCAUUAUGUAAUUCCACAUAUGGAGUCAUCACAGCUAGAAUGUUUUGUGCUGGACUAAUGUCUGGGAAAAGAGAUGGGUGCAAAGGUGAUUCUGGUGGACCAUUGUCAUGCCAAAACAAUGGAGAUGGAAAAUGGUUUUUGACUGGCAUUGUUAGCUGGGGUUACGGAUGUGGAAGACCAAAUUUCCCAGGUGUCUACACGAGAGUGUCAAAUUUUGCACCAUGGAUUCACAAAUAUGUGCCUUCAGUCUUGUAA